AUGCCAUACUUCAAGAGCCUUCUGCUUAUAGCCCUCUCCCUCGCGGCCACCACAAUGGCAGCCUCUUGCCCCCAGAGCUGGAGCGAAUGGGACGGCCAAUGCUGCUAUGGUAGUUUGGCGGCUUUGGGCCCCACCAAAUAUUGCUGCGUUCAGGGCACGAACUCCAAUUUGAAAGUCAGAAAUGUUUUACCAAGGAGGAUGACAAGCGGGGGUAAUUCCGAUGGUUGCUUCACCCAGAUUCCUUUCACCGCGAGCGAUUAUUCAGAACAGGUCUCUUCGGCAUCAUCGCAGCUUGCAGCAGGUGCUACCACAACUCCUGCUACCAACGAGGCGACUCCUACAAGCUCGGGUUCUGCAGCUGCCACCACCAAUGCAGCCAUGCCGAUUGCCAUAGCUCAAGAAAUAGUCCUGGGCGGUGCCGCAGUCAUUGCCGGUCUUUUCGUGCUGUGA